AUGCCUGGACCCGAGGGAGACGUCCGGACUUUUUCAUCGUCUGUAAAGGGGCCUGGCAAGCUUGCACCGACCCUGAUCGAAGAUCUUAAUCUGUACGACUCUCGACGCCCUCUUCCAACCGGCCUGAAUGUGCUAAGAGAUACGCCUCUAUCCUUUUCGGGCUACAAAAAUGUUGCUACUUUGCUACCAGAGGACAGCUGUCGGCAUUCUUGGUGUGCGAAGGACAAGCAGAAUGUUCUGCCUGCUCUUGAUGCCCGUCCUUCUCCUGAUUCGGUCUACAAACUUGCAGGGGUAUGCCAGAAGUGUCGCAUGCAUGUUGAAGUGGAAGUCAAUUACACGAUGGGUUGGGAACCGGAACCAUGUCCUAACUCGAUCCGUCCCUUACACCAUCUGGUUCAUUCACCUUGGCGGGAAAGCACCCCAAGGAAAUAUAGUCUUCUGGCAGAUGGCGAGACAAAGCCCGAGACAUAUGCUUUCGUGUGCUCUUCGCCAACUUGCUCUGCCGUCACUUUUGUGCGGCUGCGUCCUCCUAUGCUGUCUGAUGAACACGUUCGACUACUCACCGACAAAACGCUGCUGAAUCAGAGAGCAGAAGACGUUAUCAAUUCUGAUCCAGCUCGAUUCGAAGGACACCAAAAGCCGACACCUGUCGACGUUCUCGGCGACUUGAACCGCUAUCUGAGAAACUCCGUUGAACGGCAAGCGCCUAGACCUAUCCUAAUUGAUAACAAGAGAUUUAACCUGAGAUUUGGAAAAGAUGGGCAGCCCUGCAAAGAUGUGCUAAACUUCCUCGGAUUCAAGUACGAGCACCAGGAGCACUGGCUGCCCCCUAAGCCUAGCUACGACGGCUCAACUCCAUCAAAGAAUGCUCUCGAUACGUUUAUUGAAGACGUAUUAUCGGAAAUCAACAUCUUGAUUUUGUCAUAUCCUCAAGAAGACCGCCGUCAAAUUCAUGAUAUCGCCAAGCUGCCAGACGCAGAAAGGGAACUCCUUCGGUUGUUCGGAACGCAGGACUACGACAAGCACACAUCAGCUCGAACCGCGACUCUGGAUCCUGCAACAAGAAAUAUCUACUUUACAGCAUUAGGAGCCCCUCAAGAUGCCAGUGACGAGCUUGUAAGCUUUGCAUAUCACGAGCAGAUUCGUACAAAUGGAAGGGAGGGACCAACAUAUCUUACAUACCUUCGCCAGAUCGCCCUCGAGCGGAGAAGCGAACUGCUGGACACCCUUGUUGCUACAGAAUAUUCAGCCGGCAAUUUCGAUUCAGAACAACUCUACGCUGCGUACAAUUACUUCGCGCUUUCUGCACGGGACGAAGGACUCACUGAUGAUUUGAUACUUGGUACCUUCCAAGCGAGGCUUCAAGAUGCCGCUAAACACGAGGCUGAUAUGAGGGGCCAUCUCAGGAUAAUAGGCAUACAUCGCCAAAGUCGCCGCAUCAAAGAUGUUGCAGAGGAUACACUUAACACUUAUGAGCAAGCUUUGGCAUUCUUUGAUACAGAUGCAUCGCUUGUCGACGAAUUCUUCCCAACGCUCUAUACCACCAAGACAACUGAAGAUCCAACACUUAAGGAAAGUGCGCGCAAAGCGAUAAAGAUUAUUGCGGAGACUCGAUGCAGCACGGCGCUUGAAAGUUGGUUGAGCACAGGCGAGUUGGGCGAGACAGCGAUGGAGAUAGGUGAAGCAUACCGACAAUUUGGCAUAGAUGAUGCUACCAUUGAUGACACAAUCAUCGAGUCAGCUUAUAGAGUGGCAAUGGAGGAUAAUCCAGGACAGGCAGAGACGUACACCAAAGCCUUCAAUGCUAUUGUUGCCGACAGAAAGGGUUCGCGUAUGCAGGCGACCUCUCGAGGUCUUCAAACGUUUCCAGAACUCGGUUUCCCCGAUUGGCCAGUUGGCCUCGAAAACAUUGGAAACACCUGCUACCUCAACAGUCUCUUACAGUUUCUAUUCACCAUCCCAGAAUUACGAAACCUAGUUCUGAAUUUUGAUGACGUGAAGAUGGAGUUGACUGCUGCGAACAUAGCCAAGAAAAGAGUGGGCUCCCGGCAGAUCACUUUACGUGAGAUACAACGGGCGCAACGAUUUGUGCUGAAGCUCAAAGAUCUCUUCCUCGAGAUGAUAAGAACGCCCUACAGAUACGUUGCACCUGAACAGGAACUAACACGUCUCACACUAAUGACCUCUACUGCUGCUGAGAAUAUCAGGCGCAGAUCGACAAUCGGAGGAUCAAGACCUCUGGGAAGUGUCAACGGCGUUCCUGUUCAAGGACCGUUGCGACCAAUCUUGAACGAAAAUCCAGUGGACACCUAUGAUCAACCUCUGCUAUCUGCCUUGACAGAAGGCGAGAGUCAAGACUACCCGAGCGUAGUACCCUCCCGUCAAGACGCGCACGAAUUGGCAGAGUCUGCUCCGCUUCUAGGACCAUCCCCAGUCGAAUUGGAAGCACCUGGGGACAAUUCUAGCGAGGUCACUCUUGUCUCCACACCAAGCAUUGAUGGUUCCGUCUUAGUAGAUGGCGCACCAAGAGUAGAGCAACGCAGCGUACUCAGCAACAAAGAGAACUUAGCUCCGCACAUUUCUCAUGGCUCUGCCAAAGGCAGUGCCGAUGCCGCGGAGCAUAUUCCUCCUCUUGUAGACCCUUUACUCUCACCGAACAACGAGCAAGGUGACACGGAAGUCGAUUCGUCUGAUCACGAGACGGCAAGAAAUGUAAAGACGGAGAAUAUUUCACCAGAGCAACCGAGUCGACCGCCUCCAGUACCACCACGCCCUCUCCCAGCACCCGAACAGAACCACACUUUGGAGGAAUAUGCUCGGCAACAGGAUGUGACGGAAGUAUUGAAUCAUGUGCUCUUUCAGCUGUCUUGUGCUAUCAGACCUCUAGGGUUUGAUGAAGCAGGAGAGCAAGUUGACCAAAUCAAAGAUCUGUUUUACGGUAGAACGAAACAGCACAUAAUGUCUGAUGAUAAGGAUGAGGCCAAAAAUGAUACAUUCUGCAGCAUCAUCGUCAGACUGUUCUCGCUUCCUCAUGACAUCUAUGCCGCUUUGGAUGGUUAUUUCGACGUCGAGGAAAUUGCCAACAAGAAGAGAUUUCUAUCGAUAAGCAGGUUACCUCCGAUUUUUCAAAUACAGAUUGACCGGGCGGGGCUGGAUCAAAAGAAGAACAAUCACCAUGUCGAGUUGAAGGAGACGAUCUACUUGGAUCGGUAUCUCGAAGAAGAUACAAACCCUGCCUUGAUGGAACGACGAGAGGAGGCGUGGAGGUGGAAGAAAGAGCUCGCUGAUUUGGAAGCUCGGCGAUUGGAAUUAACGGCAGACCAAUCACAUCCUGAUAUGCAGACGACAUUUCAAAAUGCGACAACAGCCCUGAUGCACCUUCAGGACUUGUCCAUCCAAGGCGAAGACGGGUUGAAAGUGCCUGCUUCAGUCAUUGCCACGCUAGAGGCAUUGGCUGAGCAAGCCCAGCUUGAGCUCCGAGAUCUCGAAGCACGCAGUAAAGACCUGUCAACCAACAUCAAUUCACAAUUUGCGGACACGGCCUUCCGCCGACACGCUUAUCGCUUGCAUGCAGCCUUCUUCCAUCACGGAACUGCUUCUUCAGGCCAUUAUUGGAUCUACAUCUUCGAUUUCCGAAGAGAGAUGUGGCUGAAAUACAAUGAUACCAGAGUAGAAGAAGUGAAGGAUACCAAUGAGAUAUUCCGCAGACCAUCGGAAGCGGAGUUUCGACAAUGGAACGGUCCUUCGAAUCCUUACUAUCUGGUCUACGUGCGUGACGAAGACAAGGACAAACUGGUUGAAAGCGUGUGCCGAGAUAUGCAGCUUCCAGCGGAACCCUUGAGAGACAUCGAGAUGAGGGACGCAACAGAAGAUGGCAAUAGCGGUGAUGCGCGCGAAGCACAAAGUGAGCAUUCAGCCCCAGUCCCUCUUGCGCUCCGGGAAAGAAUCCAUCCUAGUGGAGAAUGGGAACACGCGGAGGCUAAUGCGUGUGCGAAGUGGUAG